AUGCGAACAACACGCGAUCUGUUCCGCGGAGACCAACGUGCGCUUUUGGCUGCGCGGCAAGAAACUCGCCAGCGAUUUCUCAGUGCAAAAGAAGAGCGCGAUCCUGCCAAGAUUGACGAGGGCUUGGAUAUGGGCGAGCAGGUGAAUUAUAUUUUGAAACACAAUGUAGUGCAAGGUGUGGCGGACAAAGAAGCCGAAAAUGCGACAUAUAAGCUACGAUUUACGGAGCACACAGAGCUGGGUUCCAAUGAUACCAUUAAGCAAGUGCGACCGGCUCCCACGCUCUCAGAGAUUGAAAAGACGAAAGGAAGGAAUGCACCAGCUCAGAUGCGCACUUUUUCUACGGGACGGCGUGUGUGUGCAUCCUCCCAGCAAGAUGGGCCUGACCCGACAGCACCUCUACCACGGCCGGUGCCGCGAUUCCCUGGUUUGGUGAUCCUGGCGGACGGAUCGUCGGUGCGUGUGACGACCACAUCGCCUCGACACAUUACACGAAUGACGCGGGACUUUACGAAUCAUCCUCUGUGGAAUCCUUUGUCCGGUGGUCGGAAUGAAGCUGAGGCUGAUGACGAUAUGGGCCGACUUGGCCGCUUCCGUCGUCGCUUCGCCGAUGAUGGCGCGGGGCAUGCGCAGAAUUCUGUUUCGUUUGACGAAAGUGAUUUGAGCUGGAUGAGUGGCGGUCGUGAAGCUCGUCCCGGCGCAGCUGUCCAGGCUAAAAAGGGCAAAGGAGGCAAAGGCAAGAAAUAG